AUGACAUCUCUCAAUGCUGGUUAUUUGCCCAGGUCGGGAAUCUGUGAAUCAGGCUUCGUCUUUUACCAUUGCAACAAUGGGUUUGUCGGAUGCUGUUCCAGUCCAGCUUGCGACCAACCAACCUGUCCCGAUGAAGACCAGCCCCAAUACCAACACAUCGGCCCAAGUGCAACAGACAACCCCCAAGAAAGUGUUUCUUGGCUGCCAGUGUCUACAACUACGCCAGGCACUAUUACCCUGGUUUUUUCUGAAAGUACUAGCCCCCCAAUCGCCGGUCUUUUGUCUCCGUCUAGCAACACUAUAGCUAGUACGAUGACAUUGACUUCACCCCUACAAGAACCGAGCACUACCACUACAGAUAGCCAACGUUGGAAUGAUGCUUCCUCCCUCUCAACAGCAGCACUAGUGGGCAUAUGCGUAGGAGGGACUAUCGGGAGCAUAUUCCUGCUGACCAUCGUAUGCCUCCUCAUCCGCCGACACUAUAUCGCACAUGCUCAUUCAUCUGCCACCACAGUGUCGGUGCCUCUAUAUGUAGAGAAGACGCCGGAUGAGAGGCCAUCACCUGUUUUCUGGAAAAGGUGGAAACCCUUCAUCGCCCCCGAGCACCUAUUAUCGAAAGCUAGGUAUGUCUCACAAGACCAGAGAUCGGUGAGUGAACGACAGGCAAAACGACGCACUUGCGUCGUUUUGCCUGGUUCGCAGGUUCAUCUCCCCGCCGAUGGUUUCCACGUGCGUGAAGUAUCACGAAAUCCUGGAGCCCCCUGGUCUACUGCUACCCCUACUACGGUAAUCAAGAAGGAGUCAUUGGCGAAGAAGGAGCCUGUAGCCAAGAAAGAUGCUUGGGGACGAUGAGUGGUGUUAAGGAUAUGCCAUGGACUCGAUAUCCUCAAACUCCAUAAACCUCCCUCCUCGAGGGCAAUAACCAUUACAUCACACUCCUUCUUCGUUGCCCACUCAACUGCCAACGGCAGCCUCCGAGCACCAAUGGGUGGCCGAGCAUCGUCGUACCCUCCAGCAGGAAAGCGACAACCCACCUCAAUUUACGUGGGUUAUCUGCUGGCUGCCCUAGGCGAAGACCUAACA